AAGUAGAACUGGAGGAAAUGUCAUCCUUGGUAAAGGAGGACUUGGAGAAGAAACUAUUUAAGCCACUCUCGCAGAAUCUGUACGAGUUUAUUGAAAUUGAGUUCUCGGUCCAGGACAGGUAUUACCUCUGUGUAUCAGUGACCAAAAAGGAAGAAGUAAAAAUAAUUAUGGUGAAGCACUACAGAAUAGGUUUAGAUGAAAAAUAUGAAGUAACAAAAAAGUGGUCUUUGAAUGAUCUACAGAUGAUUGAUGGAAUAGAAGCAGAUACCGACAAUCCAUUUUUUGAUCUGCACUUCAAGAAAGUGUACAGUUUAGAAGCAUAUAGCUGUGCUUCUAAAUAUGCCUUUGCUCGAACUGUAAAUAAGCUGAAUCAUGCCUAUCUUAAGAAGGACUUACAGAUCGUGAACUUUGAUUCUACUUACAUUAAUGAUGAUUCCAUUUGGUCUUCCAAUAACAAGGAUUGCUUGGUCCUUAUGAGAAUAUGCUUCUAUGCUUUCAAUCUUGUGUGCUUGUCCCUAUGUCCCUUGCCACUCUAAAGAUGCCUUCCUUCAUCAGUG